AUGUUGAACAACAACUCAUCGUCAAAGAAUUUAACAGAGUCCGAAAUGUCCUCAGAAAAUCAGUUGUGUUCGCUGUUGAUACAAGUCCAGAAAGGGAACGACAUCUCAUAUGAGGAAUUUCGUUCAGUGUGUGCUUUCAUUGCAUUUACAAACGCUCUCAUGGCCGUCAUUGCUAUACUUGGAAACAGUAUGAUUAUUUCAGCUUUUUAUCGCUCCGAAUCGUUGAGAACACCAUCUAACUUACUCUUGCUUGGUUUAUCAGUUUGUGACUUUUUAGUUGGCUCAGUUACUCAGCCUGUUUUUACCACCGAAGUCGCUUUAGUCGCCGCAAAUUCAGACGUGGCUUGUCGGUUCAAAGAUUUCUACGUAAUAUUUUUGUUUUCGUUCUCAUUUGCAUCGAUGUUACAUGUUUGUUUGAUUAGCGUCGAACGUACCUUUGCCAUAAUCCAUCCGUUUAAACACCACCGGUUUUUAAACAAAAAUAGAGUUGCAACAUUUUUCCUCGCUUUUUGGAUUUGUUGGACAUUGCUGACAGUGUUCACUCGACGCGAGCAUGGCGGAGGUAUUAUUGGUUACUCACGCAUGGGGUUCGUUAUUUUUAGCGCUGUGGUGGUGUUUUUCAUAAACAUUCGACUGUGGAUAGAAGCUCGGAGACAUUCCAAAGUGAUUUCAAGGCUGCUUCAACAUUCGUUGCAGAUGUCUUUACAAAGUUGCUCGGCAUCGCAAGAGACCGAAUAUGCAGAGACUAACAUACGAAGAAAAUCCAUGCGAGAUGCUAAGGCAGCUAAGACAGUUUUACUUAUCAUCGGUUUUAUGGUUUUAUGCAAUUUACCACUCAUAGCAACAUUCACUGCACGUAAGUUUUACAAUGUGCGCGGAAGAGUAGUGACUUUGCUUUGGUUCGCUUCAAACACAGUCGUAUUAAUGCCUGCCAUACUAAACCCAGUUGUUUAUUUCUGGCGCAAAAAAGAGUUCAGGGUCUCUGUGAGAAGGAUGUUUAAUUUACAUAAUGCUGUCGGAGUGCAACCCUGA